AUGGCACAUCUUGGAUCACUUCUCAAGCAAAUUGAGUACAAUAGAUUGUAUGCUCCUCAACCAAAUCUUCCAAAACGGGGCUCCCAGAAUCAAAAUCAAGUACAAGAAGUGUCAGAACAACAGCAACGCGGUAUUAAUUCUCGUGGAAAUCAGCGUGGUGGACGAAAUAAUCAAAAUACAAAUCGUUCAGGUUCGCGAAAUGAGGGACAAAAUGCGGUAAAGUGCGUAAAUUGUGGCGGUCCACAUAAGAUCAAGGAUUGCAAGGAACCCAGAAAGUGUAACGUAAUGUGCUAUAAAUGCGGCUUAGAAAACACCAUUACGUCGAGGUGUCCGGUCUGUAACACCAAGGGGGGCGACAGGGCGUCUCGGUAG